AUAUAAAUCUAUAAUACUGUUUGAUGUUUUUAUCUUCUUUUUUUUCAGUAAGAAGUUUGAAAUUUCGAUAUCCUUGUUUCAAUGCCGAAGGUCCCUUAUGAAAGGCAUUGUUGUUGACUUGUACUUCCGCUGUUGGUAUUAAAAUCAGCCUACUUAGCUUGCUUGAUUGACUAAAAUUACUUCUAAUUUUUGUCAUUCAAAUCAGUCAUAGCUUCUAAUAAGUUACAAUGGCUGCUCAGCAUGAGCUCGCGAAAGGAUAUCCAUCAACGAAAGAUCAAAGCUAUCGGUAUGAUGUAUUUAUAAGUUUUAGAGGAGUUGACACUCGUCUUAGUUUCACGGAUCACCUCUACAAUGCUCUUGUAGAUGCUAAUAUAAGUACGUUUUUGGACAAUGAAGAGAUUGAAACAGGGGAUGAUCUUAAACCAGAAUUGCAGAAUGCAAUAAAGUCAUCAAGGGCUUCUGUUAUCGUGUUGUCCAAGAAUUACGCUACUUCAACAUGGUGUCUUGAUGAACUAGCGUUGAUCCUUGAGCAACGUUUGAUCUCAAACCAUAUCGUUAUCCCCAUCUGGUAUCAUGUUGAACGAAACAGUUUGAGGGAUGUAAUGGAAAAGCAUAGAGAGAGGAUAGAGGCUGAGGCUAAACUCAUGGGAGAAACUCAGCUUGCUCAGAAAAUGGAGGCAUGGAAUAAAGCACUUAAGGAGCUUGCCAAAAUAAAAGGAAUGGAUGCAAAGGGCCGGAUGGAGACGAAGUUCAUACAAGAAAUUGUGCAGGACAUCUACCAUAGACUAGAUGUACCAGUAAAGAGUACUCUGCCAUUACUUAUUGGGAUGGACGAUUCCGUUGAAUUCCUUACGUCAUGGUUAAAUGAUGGAUCCUCACACCCUGCAGACAUUCUCACUAUUUUGGGUAUGGGUGGCAUUGGGAAGACAUCUUUAGCCAAAUAUGUCUAUGGGUUACAUUGGCGUGAAUACAGAAGCAGCUUUAUUGAAGAUAUAAGCAGAAGAUGUUCCAAAUUAAAUGGAUUGCCCGAUGUAAAAAAACAACUUUGUGAUGACAUUUCCAAAAGAAGUUCGGUCCAUAUUCGUGCUGGUUCUGUGAACACCUCUGUAGUUGAGCACACGCUAACACGUAAGAAGAUGCUUCUAGUUCUUGAUGAUAUUGAUAGUCUAGAUCAAUUGGAUGCGUUAGUUGGAAACAAAGGUUUUCAUCCAGGAAGCAAAAUCAUAAUAACAACCAAGGAUGCAUCAUUGACAGAGAGGUGUGCACUAUUCAAAUCAAAACUUAAACCAAAGCAUACAAAGUGGGUACUUAAAGGCUUAUCUAAAGAUGCAUCUUUGGAACUUUUAUGCUGUAAUGCAUUCUCUUGCAAAAAGCCCAAGGAAGGCUAUGAAGAGGUGUCAAAAAAGGUCUCAAAGUAUUGUGAAGGACAUCCCUUGGCUCUUGAAGUAUUGGGCAAGACUCUAUAUAAUCGAGCUGUAGAUGAAUGGGAGGAUUACAUAGAAAGGCUAAAGAAAGAAACUGAUCCCUCCAUAAAAAAGGUCUUGCAAAUGAGCUUCGAUUCUCUGUCAUCCGAAAGUGAUCAGGAAUUGUUUAAGCAUAUUGCAUGCUUUUUUGUUGGAAAGGAUAGAGAUGUUACUGAGACAAUAUUGAAGGCAUGUAAUAUUAACACAAGAUCCGGGAUUAGGAAUCUUGUCGACAGAUGCCUUCUUAGUAUUGGACGGGAUAAUGAGUUGAUGAUGCAUCAAUUGCUACAAGAAAUGGGAAGAGAUGAGGUACGUAAAGAAUCACCUAAGAAGCCAUGGAAGCGUAGUCGAUUAUGGAGUCAUGAGGAGUCAUAUAAAGUGUUGAAACAAAAAAAGGACAUGGAAAACAUUCUUGGCCUCAUCCUUGACACGAGAGUUCUCGAGAAGGGGAAGUUAUGUGGAUCAUUUGAGGUGAAAUCAGAGGUGUUGAGUAAGAUGGAUAAUAUAAUGCUACUGCAACUCAAUUAUGUGCAAAUCAAGGGGACUUAUAAGAAUUUUCCAGAGGAAUUAAGAUGGUUGUGUAUGCAUGGGUUCCCUCUAAAUUCUAUACCUUCAGACUUGGCAUUGGAUAACCUAGUUGCUCUCGACUUAUCAUAUAGCAACGUCGAAUCAUUUGGUUUGCAUUGGAGUAACCCACAACCACUUGAGGGGGGACAAAAGAAGUUGAUUGGAUCGUCCUCAAUGAACAAUAGAAAAUUCCUUGCAUCAUUGAAGAUUCUUAACAUGAGUUUCUGUGAAAAGCUGCAUAAAAUUGGUGGUUUUCUUGAUCUCCCUGCACUCGAGAGGUUAAUAGUCAGAAAUUGCAUAUGUGUGAUUGAGAUUUGUGAAUCACUUGAGCAAUGUGUUGAACUUGUCCUCAUCGAUCUUAGAUACUGCAAUAAACUAAAAAAGCUUCCAACAGCCAUAGGCAAGCUUAAGAAAGUAAAAACACUAUUGCUAGAUGGUUGUAAUUCCAGCGAAUCUCAAAUCGAGAACAGAGCUUUUUAUUCGCCAGAAAUUCUCGAGAUUAAAAACAUUGGAAUAGACUCAAAAAGCUCUUCAUCAGCCUUGAUGGAGGCUAUACCGAGUGAUUUGUAUUUCUUUAGGAUUCCUUUCCCUAACACCCUAGUCAGGUUGUCACUUGCAAAUAAUAGUUUGUCCAAUGAAUCCUUUCCUGUGGAUUUAAGUUACCUAUCUAUGUUAAAAGAAUUACAUUUAGAUAACAAUCCUAUCGUUUCCCUGCCCAAUUGUCUAAGAAGCCUUCCUAGGCUAGAGAUACUUUGUAUGAGAAAUUGUAAGAUGCUAAUGUCAAUCAUAAAUCCUCCAUGCACACUAAAACAACUGAUACUUUUUUCUUAUGAGAAUUUGCUACACGAUUAUAAGCUUAUGAUACAGAGAUUUGCAUUUGAUCCUGAAUUUUCUCCCCUCAAUGUAUCAGCUGAUCAAUUUUUAUUAGUACCUUCUUCAUUUGAAAUAGAAGGCAUGCUCAAAAUUCAACCUAUGGAAUGCAUAGAGGAAAAGGUAUUACGUAGUUUGGGUUGGACUAAUUUAGACUUCAUUAAGAAAAGGCGGGUCAAAACUUGUACUCCCUAUAUUGGACCAGCAGGAUCUCAAACACAGAUGUACUACGAAUUUGGAAUAUUCAGCACAAUUUAUGGUGGGAAUGCCAUGCCAUAUUGGAUUAGGCAUAGAAGCAAGGGACCAUCAAUAUCAUUUACUAUCCCAUCAUCCCCUAAUAAGGUCAGAGGACUGAAUUUCUGCUAUGUGCAGAAGCUACGAUUUCCAAAUGGGACAUUUGGAAGUCUAUAUGACGAGGCUUUCGAAUUGCCAAUGAUCAUAAUAAGUAAUAGAACAAAGAAUCGCAAUUGGAUAUACCAUCAUUGCAUCGACAAAGUCAGUGUUGGUCAUAAAUGUUUAACAUUCUUAAGCCAUUGGACGUUUAGGACGGAUGAGAUGGAAGGUGACGACCAUGUUACUAUUACUGUCACAAAGCAGCAACGAGAGCACUGUGAUCAACUUACAGAGAAGUGUGGCGUUAGCCUUGUGUAUGAUGAGGGAAAAGUGGACGAAGAUACGUGGGGCUAUUACAAGUCUUGGAACCACAUCAUUCGUGGUGAUCUCUCUGCAUUUCACUUAACAGAAGUUGAAUACAUACUAUAUACGGAGAAAUUUAUGCGGUAUACCUGUAAUAUGGCUCCAUAUUAUGGUCCCAUAAUGGUAGAUGAUGUCAGUUAUAAAGAUGAAGUGUGCUUUAAAGCUUUCUCACGAAGGAAGUCCAACAUAUUUCGUGCUCACUUGCUUGAGAGUUAUUGGUUACAGGGUGCAACAAAAUGAAAGGAGCUGCAACUCGCAACCUUGCUAUGGAUGCCUAGGAAUGAUAGAACAAGAACGCUCUCGGACCUGAUAUGAUGAGAAAUGGCAAUUGCUCAUUAUUUCUGUUUAUAUCAUAGCUCUAAUCCUUGCAUUGUGUUGCCAUUUAUAAGAUGCCAUGUCACAGUUAGUUAUAUGUUCUGAACCUUCUUUUGUUGACUGUUAUACAGUAAACACGUCUAUAUGCAUUGUAAUAUCAUCCAAGAAGUGAAAGUCAUUGCU